GGGUCCCACUUUCCAAAACCCUCUUCAGACGGUGUUCUUCCUCGUCGGUUCGUGAAGAUUAAGAGUGAGAGCGGUGAUGUUGGUACCUUCAAAAUUUUCACUUCUUCAACGAAGGGCAGAGAUAUAGAGGGAGAGGUGCUUCUUCAAUUGUUUUCCUGUGACUUGUUUUGGUUGACGGUAGAAGGUGAAAAAAGAAAUAGUUGGUACAACUUUGGACAGUUGGGCAUUUUAGAUUUUGGAAUUCUUCCAGAUGAACAUGCCACCUGAUGGAAAAAAUUUGUGGGUACAUUAGAUCUUGGGUUUCGUGAGACUGGUAGGGAGGAGCAAAUGGGUUAUGGAGCAAUGUCAAGAGCAUUAGCUCCUGUAUUGCUGAUUUCAUACUUUACCUUAUCGGUUAUGGCAGUUGAUACUGAUUUUGUGAAUUGUGUUUGUGAUGAUGAGGGCUUUUGGAGCCUCCAGAAUAUUCUGCAGUGCCAGAAAGUGAGUGAUUUCUUGAUUGCUGUGGCAUACUUUUCGAUACCCAUCGAGCUGUUAUACUUUGUUAGCUGCUCUGACGUUCCAUUCAAAUUAGUCCUCCUUCAGUUUGUGGCAUUUAUAGUUCUUUGUGGAUUGACUCAUUUGCUAAAUGGAUGGACUUACUAUGGCCCCCACUCAUUCCAGUUGAUGUUGUCCCUCACCAUUGCGAAAUUCCUUACAGCCUUGGUUUCAUGUGCAACUGCAAUAACCCUAUUUACUUUGAUUCCCCUUCUUCUCAAAUUGAAAGUAAGAGAGCUUUUCCUGAAGCAGAAUGUGUUGGAAUUAGGUCAGGAAGUUGGGCUGAUGAAGAAACAGAAGGAAGCAAGUUUGCAUGUCCGGAUGCUAACCCAGGAAAUCAGGAAGUCACUCAAUAAGCUAACAAUUGUGCACACCACUUUGGUUGAGCUUUCAAAUACUCUUAAUUUGCACAAUUGUGCCAUUUGGAUGCCAAACGAGAGUAAAAAAGAGAUGAAGAUUAAAUAUGAGUUGAAUUCAAGUGCUUCUAAAAAUCAUUGCCACUCUAUAUCUACGUUUGACCCAGAUGUGUUAGUGAUUCGAGGGAACAGGGGAGUGAGAGUUUUAAAGUCAUAUUCACUGCUUGGGGCUGCAAGUGGUGGUGGGUCUGAUGAGGCAGGUGCCAUGGCGGCAGUUAGGAUGCCAAUGCUUAAUGUUUCAAAUUUCAAAGGAGGGACACCAGAGCUGGUAGAUACUUGUUAUGCAAUAUUAGUUUUAGUUCUUCCACAUACGAAUUCAAGAGGUUGGACCUCUGAGGAAAUGGAAAUGGUGGAAGCCGUUUCAGACCAAGUAGCUGUGGCCUUAUCCCAUGCUUCAGUUCUGGAAGAAUCUCAAUUAACGAGGGAAAAACUAGUUGAGCAAAAUCGUGCCCUGCAAGAAGCUAAGAAGAAAGCCAUGAUGGCAAACCAGGCAAGGAAUUCAUUUCAGAAAGUAAUGAGUUAUGGGUUGAGGAGGCCAAUGCAUUCUAUCUUGGGCCUGCUUUCCAUGUUUCAAGGCGAGAAUAUGAGCAUUGACCAAAGACUUAUCAUCGACUCAUUGAGUAAAACCAGCAAUGUUCUUUCCACAUUGAUUAAUGAUGUGAUGGAGAUGUCAACUGAAGAUAAUGAGAGGUUUUCUUUUGAGACGCGUCCCUUUCAGCUACAUUCUGUUAUCAAGGAAGCUUCUUGCCUUGCCAAGUGCCUGUCUCUAUGCAAAGGCUUUGGUUUUAAAGUUGAUGUUCAAAGCUCAGUUCCCGAUUGGGUGAUGGGAGAUGAGAGGAGGACUUUCCAAGUGAUUUUGCAUAUGGUUGGAUAUUUAUUGAAUUCUUAUGAUGGAGAAGGCAUGAUUAUAUUCCACGUUGUUUCGCAGAGUGAAAUGCUAAUGUGGAGACUCAAUUGUCCAGAUAAUUAUGUGUCUGUGAAGUUUGAAAUUGCAAUUAACAAGGAAAGUUCUCAGUCAGAAGGAUCAACCUCAAUAGCACAUUCAUAUGGCAAACAAGUUGAGCAUGGCCGAAGCUUCAAUAUGUGCAAAAAACUUGUCCAGUUGAUGCAAGGUAAUAUCUGGAUAUCAACAAAUUCUCUAGGUCUUGCACAAAGCAUGACAAUGGUUCUGAGGUUGCGAAUCCAGCGUCGUUUUGAAGAUUCACAUUUGCCUCUGGAAAUUUCUUGAAACAGCCAAUCUUGAACUCUCAGUUCAAAGGCUGAUGUAGGACAGUUGCAGGGAUGGACAAUGAUGGCAAGAAGAGUAAGAGGCAAACCGAAAUGGAGAGAGCCAGCAGUCUUUUAAAUUUGGCUCCAGGAGUCAUGUGAGUUACAAGUGGCUUUCAAAGAAAGAGCUUGCUUUAUAUGAACAACCGGAUUCAGGUGCACCACUUUGUUUAAAUCAAUUCGCGAUUGGCCCCGUAUGUAUUUUCAAUAGCACAUUUGCAUUCCAACUAGCUGUUUUUGUCCGGGAUUGAGCAUCUUAAUCAUGCAAUUAGCUCUGGUGAAAGUUCUUCCGGCGUUGCUUUGGAUUGUCACAAUAUGCUUGAAAUGGAUUUGUUCGAAUCUGCAUUGAGAAAUUCAAAGGUUCCUGGACAAAUGGGAAGGAAAAUACAAAGGGAGAAUCCAAUGGAGUCUUUUUCCGACCAUUUGUGGUUUCACAAUGUUCUCUCUUAAACCUUAUGUAACCUCGAAUUUUUCUUGGCAUCUCCUAGGUUUUGUGCAUUAAUAAUAUUUCAAUUUCCAUUCAAGAAAAAAAAAAAUGAUUGUUUGAAGUGGUAUAUCUAUGGUCAUGCUGUUCUUUUAUUUGAUGAAGCUAAAUUUUCAUAUU